AUGGAUAUUGACUCACCAUGGGGCGACGUCCCAUCUCAAUCCAAAUCAGAUAUUCCUCAAGACUCCAGCACCCACUCUACGAAUACUUCCACAUCCGCCAAAUCCUCCUCUUCCACCGCGCCUCGCCCCUCAUCAUCACGAAAGAUCCCUGCUCGAAAGGUUGAAGUCCAGCCUACCAAGCUUGAGGCCGUGGACGAUUCCUUAGAUCCGCUUGGACCUCUCGGGGCCGAUCCUACACCUGCAGCAUCUUCCAUAUCCACCGACCAAGCUCCCACGCCGCCGAGGAAGGAAUUGAGCGCAAGAGUUGCCCGGCAGCCAUCUGCAACAUCACCCGGAAUUCCAAGCUCGGAUUAUGAAGAUACCGCCCUUCCCAUCGGAAGGCCGAAAGGUCCACCCUCCGUUCCGCCGCAGGCGGGGAGACUCACCUCUCGACCAACUCAACCGAGCAUGAGCGUUGAACAAGCCGCGAAACCGACUUUUGAUAUUCUGGUGGGAGAUCCGCACAAGGUGGGCGACUUGACUAGCAGUCAUAUCGUGUAUCAAGUCCACACGAAGACAACCUCAAAAGCAUACAAGCUGCCCGAAUUCACGGUCUCUAGAAGAUACCGGGAUUUCCUGUGGCUUUAUAAUUCCCUCCACAAUAAUAAUCCUGGCGUCGUGGUUCCUCCGCCUCCAGAGAAGCAAGCGGUGGGACGGUUUGACUCGGAAUUUGUCGAGUCACGUCGUCAAGCUUUGGAGCGCAUGCUCAACAAAAUCGCGGCUCACCCAAUCCUACAUCAUGACGCUGAUCUUAAGAUUUUCCUUGAGAGCGAUUCUUUUAACAUCGAUGUGAAGAACAAAGAAAACCGGGAACCGGACUUGGGCCAGAACAAGGGAAUGCUGAGUUCAUUAGGGAUCAAUGUUGGCGGCACCAGUGGCAAGUUUGUCGAGCAUGAUGAUUGGUUCCAUGAUCGCAAAAUCUAUCUCGAUGCACUGGAGAAUCAGUUGAAGUCUCUGAUGAAAGCUAUUGACACAGUUGUGACUCAGCGAAAGGGCCUUGCUGAGGCUGCUGGGGAGUUUGCCGCUUCCCUGAGCAGCCUUGCUCAAGUUGAGUUGUCUCCAAUGUUUUCUGGGCCUUUGCAAGGCCUCUCCGAUGUGCAGAUUCGGAUCCGGGAGCUUUAUGAACGACAAGCCCAGCAAGAUAUUCUGACUUUGGGAAUCACGAUUGAUGAAUACGUCCGACUUAUUGGGAGUGUGAAGCAAGCUUUUUCGCAGCGGCAGAAAGCAUUCCAUUCGUGGCAUGCAGCGGAAAGCGAACUAGCGAAACGUCGCAGCGCCCAUGAAAAGCUUUUGCGGCAAGGUAAAAGUCAGCAAGACAAAUUGAAUGAGGUUGGCGCGUCCGUUAGUGAUGCUGAGAAAAGGGCACAUCAAGCUCGGUUACUAUUUGAAGAUAUGGGCCGCUUGAUGAGAGGGGAAUUGGAAAGAUUUGAACGGGAGAAAGUGGAAGAUUUCAAGAGCGGUAUUGAAACAUUCCUUGAGGGUGCGGUUGAAGCACAAAAAGAGUUGAUCGAACUGUGGGAAACGUUCUUAUUGCAAAUGGAUGCAGAGGAUGAAGUCCCCAUCAAGGCUCAACCUGCAGCAAGUGAACCAGCACCAUCAGAGACUCCUAAACCAGCAGGCCAACCUGGUGAAGCGACAGAAGCCACUCCUGCCACGGCCGCAGACGUCGCGCUAGAGCAGGAUGUUUGA